GCAGCAGGAAUACAGUGCACAUGUCCCAGGUUACUGGGCCAGCGCCAUCAUUACCUAUGUCCAACAUCCGCACCAACUGCAUGAUGUCGGAGGAGGAACAAGCCGCUCGGUGCAGGAACGGGGAAAGAGGAACAUCUGAAUACAAUGAAGGACCUGACAGAAGAGGAUGAGUCAAGGACUCUCCCGCCCCGUAUUCUCCAUAUACUACUACUCACUAUGUCUGUGCAUAAUGUGCCUACCCCCCUGGAUGGUGCACCAACCCCCACUUUAGAGGCAGAGGUCCCCUCCUCUGAUUUGCUACAGCAACUCACCAAAUCAAUGCACUCAGCCAUUGCGUCUGCUAUGUCAGCAGUCAACGCUAAUAUAUCCCGCUCUGUCUCCCUGGCGCUGGCUGCGCCUCGCCAGGAGGAGACGACGGUGAUUUCUGUCCCGCCCGCUGUGCCCCAUGCUUCGACCCAGGUGCCCAGCCUUUUAAGACCCGGUAAGUCCAGCCGGAAGAGACGACAUUGUUUGGACAUACUUACCCGUCCCGUUGCCUUGUCAACUGAAGGAGACGGUGAUUCACAUUCUAAGACCUCAGUACCGCCUGAGGAAAAACAUGUUGCGGUUAUCAGACCCCCAGCCCACGGGGAUUACAUCAAUAGUCGGGCUUCUCAUGUCUCCAAACGAGUUAAACCUAACUCUUUCGUAGAGUUGUCGGAAGACGAUUCUGACAUGACGUCAGAUCAUCAGGGCACGGAUUGGAGUGAGGACGACGAGAGCCUGGAGGAGGAGGCGGGCCCUUCCUCUGCCCCUGCUCCCCAGGCAGAACCCUCCGGAACCCCGGUGGACUCAUUGGGCGUUCCCUUUUUUAACCCGGAUGAUAUUACUCAUCCUAGAUCCGGGGAGUGGACACCUUCCCCCCAAGUGUCUAAGUACAUUGAGACCUGGUUACGCAGAUCGUUGGAUCGCGCAAACCGCAGCAAAUUGAGGGCGGAAUGCCCAAGGCCAUCUAUUGGCAAUAGUGUUGCGAAGACCCCCGACCUGGACCCCAUCCUGGUCAGAUAUCUCCUCAAAUCGGGGAAGAACCCCAAGAAGGGGAUUGAUAAGUCCUUCAAAGGGGUGCAGGACAAACUCCUGGACAUUCUGGGUCCAUUGACAAAGAUCUUGGACAUGUCCGAACAGGCGGUGGCUUCUGACGCCCCUGUAAAUGCAGAGAUCCUAAGGGGGUGGGCGUUGCGGGCAAUCUGCCUGCUCGGCAACGCCAACACGGCCAUGUCGGCGGAACGCCGUAGGUCUAUCUUAAUGCGCUUGGACCCUCAACUGACCCAUCUGGCCUCUGAUGAGCCGGGCCCGAGUGCAGAAGGUCUGCUCUUUGGCGAAUCCUUCAUAAAAAACAUUAAUAAAUUUGUCGGGCUGUUCUCCAGCCUCGACAAGGCCCAAUCCUCUCUGAAAAAGUCUUCGCAGGGGAAGGUUUUCAACAAGGCUGGAAGGGGUAGGGGUCGCCCUUCCAGCCGCGGUUCGUAUUACCGACCCUACCAUAGAGGAACUGUCCACUUCACACCAGACAGACAACACUAUACACCCGCCCCACCUAUGCAACCGGCUACCCCGUUCUUCCCGACCAGAGGUCGUCCAUGGAGGACCCGAGGUUCCACACGUGGUUUCCCCAGAACCAGAGGCACAGGUGAGACUUUCUACCCCACUACCGGAUGUACCGGUAGGGGGCCGUCUGAUGUAUUUUUUCCACGCUUGGUCCCGGAUCACUUCAGACCCGUGGGUGCUACAGGUUGUGUCGGGUUACUGCAUAGAAUUCACAUGCAAUCCUGUACAGACCCAUUGGCCAAGGGCCAUUCAAUUUACAGACGCGGACAGGGAUCUGGUCCACGCGGAACUGUUGGAGCUAAACCAAAAGCGUGCCAUCAGGGAAGUGCCUUGGAACACUCCGGGUUUUGUCAGCAACGUCUUCCUGGUCAAAAAGAAAGACGGCGGACACCGACCCGUGAUAAACCUGCGCUACCUCAACGACUGCGUUGUCUACCGCCAUUUCAAAAUGGAGGGUAUACAUCUGCUCAGAGACCUGCUACAGCCGGGCGACUGGCUGGCAAAGGUAGAUCUGAAGGAUGCGUACCUUACGGUACCAAUCCAUCCCUCAUGCACUCGAUACCUGCAGUUUUGUUGGGAAGAUCGCAAAUGGGAGUUCACAUGCCUCCCGUUCGGCCUCUCCUCGGCUCCGUGGUGUUUCACCAAACUGCUGAGACCGGCCAUGGCGGUCCUCCGGAGUCGAGGUGUUCGGUUGAUCGUCUACCUCGACGACAUUUUGAUCAUGGCUCCUACAUGCGUGCUGGCCAGGCGACAUGUCCAGUGGACGGUUUCGCUCCUCAUGGAUUUAGGCUUUUUGGUCAACAGGAAGAAGUCGGUGUUGUCACCGGCGAGGAACUUGGAGUUUUUGGGCUUUCUGGUCGAUACUCAGUCCGCCACUCUAAGUCUUCCGGUCAAGAAGUUGACCACCAUACGCAAGGAGAUUCGGAGUAUCCUCCGCAGGACGAGGGUAUCCUUGAAGGCUAUCGCACGGAUUGUCGGACUGCUGUCAGCGUCAGUCCAGGCGAUUUUUCCGGCACCUUUACACUACCGGGCCCUGCAACGUCUAAAAAUCAGACAUUUGCAGGAGGGCCUAUCGUACUCGGACGAGGUUCCGAUAUCUCUGGAAGCCAGGGAGGAACUCCUCUGGUGGCUCCAACAUGUCCAGGAUUGGAAUGGGAAGACCAUCUUCAAUUCCAAACCAGACCUGGUGAUGGAGUCGGACGCCAGUCUUUCCGGCUGGGGCGCUCGUUGCGGGACUUCCUCCACGGGAGGCAAAUGGUCAGGGUCGGAGGCGCAGUUGCAUAUCAAUUGCCUGGAACUCCUAGCGGGAUCGUUCGCGCUCCGGAGUUUUGCAUCCCACAGAUCCGAUUGUUGCAUCCUGCUGCGUAUGGACAACGUAGCGGCGGUGCAGUAUAUCAAUCGACUGGGCGGAACGAAGUCGAAAAUCCUCGCGGAUUUGGCGACGGAGUUCUGGGAUUUCUGUCUUCAACGGAACAUUGUGUUGAAGGCGGAAUACCUACCCGGGAUUUCCAACUCCAUUGCGGAUUGGAAUUCCAGAUACCUCAGGGAUUCCAGCGACUGGAUGCUGGAUCCGGUGGUGUUCCAGUCGAUACAAUCUUUGUGGGGGCCGUUGGCCGUGGAUUUGUUUGCCUCUCGGCUCAAUCGCCAAUUGGAGAUAUUUUUCAGUUGGCGUCCGGACCCAGAGGCCGCAGCUACGGACGCGUUUCUUCAGCAUUGGCCUCAAGGGAUACUUUAUGCCUUUCCGCCUUUCGCAAUGAUCCCAAGAGUACUGUGGCAGACGGAGAAUCAGGAAGCGACUUUGGUGUUGAUCACCCCUUGGUGGCCGACCCAAUCGUGGUUUCCGCAGAUCCUGGGUUUGGCCAUGGACGUACCGAGACUAUGUCCGAACAUCCCUUCAUUGUUGAAGGGCCCGAAAGGAGAAUCACACCCCUUGAUUCUUCUCGAUCAGUUGCCACUGUUGGCGUGGCUGAUUUCGGGUCAUCGUCACUCGGGGGACGUAUUUCGCAGACGGCUAGCAACCUCAUUAACGAAGCAUGGGCGCCGGGUACCAGAUCGGCUUAUCGAUCUGCCUGGGGACUUUGGCUACGUUGGUGCACACGACGGGAUUUGGAUCCCGUUCGCGCCCCUCUAGCUGAAGUCAUAAAUUUUUUAUCGGAUUCUUUCGAAACGGGUAAGGCCUAUCGCACUAUCAAUGUGUACAGGUCGGCCAUUUCUGCGCACCAUUCCCUGGUGGAUGGUUUGCUGAUCGGUCAACAUCCCGUGAUCUGUCGCCUCAUGAGGGGGAUUCGGUUUAGGAGACCGCCUUCCCCUCGUUAUCAGUCGACUUGGGACGUUUCUCUCGUUUUACGGAUGUUUGAGGAGUGGGACGACAAUGAUCAGCUAUCAUUGAAACACCUCUCCUUCAAGUUGACCAUGUUGCUGUGUUUAAUUUCGAUAAAACGUAUAUCCGAUGUGCGCGCCUUGGACGUGUCCAGGAGACAAUUCGUCCCGGAUGGAGUUAGGUUUUCGGUCUGCCGUCGGACGAAGACCGAUCUGCGUUCGGUUUUUUACCCGUGUUUUCCGUCUCAUCCAAAAUUGUGUGUGGUACGUUGUCUCCGAUCCUACGAGAAUCGGACCGUACCGUUUCGUACGGGGCGCGAUGCGCAACUGUUGAUUUCGUUUUGUUCUCCGCACUUACCUGUUUCAUCCCCUACGCUAGCACGGUGGGUGAAACAGACGAUGACGCUGGCGGGGAUCGAUGUGUCCGUCUUUCUCGCCCACUCCACUAGGAGUGCUAUGGCGACCAAGACUUUUCAGUCUGGAGGCUCGCUUGCUGACAUUCUGAAGGCGGCCGAUUGGUCGUCUGAAGAUGUCUUUAAGACCUUCUACUUUAGACCUACUCAGCAUGUGUCUAUGUCAGUAUUGUGAUUGUAUUGCAUUGUAUUAUUAUUGCUUUGAACAUGCAUCUGAUACGAGCCUCCUGUCUGUGAUAAAAUUGAAGAUUUUCCUAGUAUUUUGACGGAAAAUUUAGAUUUUAUAAAGACAGGAGGCGAGUAUCAUCCCUCCCA